CGCCGGCCGCCCCGACGGGGUCCGGCCGGGGGGCGGGGGGCCGCGGCCGCCGAGGAUGGGGAAAUCCAACAGCAAGUUGAAGCCCGAAGUUGUGGAGGAGCUGACCAGGAAGACCUACUUUACCGAGAAGGAGGUGCAGCAGUGGUACAAAGGCUUCAUCAAGGACUGCCCCAGCGGGCAGCUGGAUGCCGCAGGCUUCCAGAAAAUCUACAAGCAGUUCUUCCCAUUUGGAGACCCCACCAAGUUUGCUACGUUUGUUUUCAACGUCUUUGAUGAAAACAAGGACGGGCGGAUCGAGUUCUCCGAGUUCAUCCAGGCACUGUCGGUGACCUCGAGGGGGACCCUGGACGAGAAGCUGAGGUGGGCCUUCAAGCUUUAUGAUCUGGAUAACGACGGCUACAUCACCAGGAACGAGAUGCUGGACAUUGUGGACGCCAUUUACCAGAUGGUGGGAAACACCGUGGAACUCCCGGAGGAGGAAAACACCCCUGAGAAGAGAGUGGACCGGAUCUUUGCCAUGAUGGACAAGAACGCCGACGGGAAGCUGACUCUGCAGGAGUUCCAGGAAGGGUCGAAGGCAGACCCCUCCAUCGUGCAAGCGCUCUCCCUGUAUGACGGGCUGGUAUAGUCCAGGGCCCAGAGCUGGGAUGCCUGGGAACUACUCACCUCCUUCCGCGCCGUGAGGCCACCUCCGCCCCCAACACCGCCCUCCUGUGUUCACCCGGCAUUUCUCCGCAUCCACACUCGGCCUGGCGGCCCCCGAACCGCAAAGCCCGGCUCUCCUCCCCUCUGCCCUGCACCCACCGCCGCCUGAAGCCACUGGCUCCAAUUGCCAACAACCUCUGCUUGUCCGGAAGCCAACACGAAACGGAAAAGGCUACAGCCCUCUGCAAAACUGAGGACCAGCUGCUUCGCAGGCAGCUUCUGGGUCCUUCCUGCUCUUCUGUGCGUGUGCUUUUUUUCUUUUUUUUUUUUUAAUUUUGAACAGACAUUGACAAAGGGGAAAAAAAAAACCAACUACCUUCUGUCCUAGAAGAUAGAGACUGACAGAUGGGGAGAAGGCUCCCGUAGAUCUCAGAGACACUGCCUCCCGCCUCGGCCAUUCUGGGGCAGCCCGAGAGGCUGCGGGGAGUCACGGCCGAGGCCACGGGGUGCUCAGAGUGUUGGGGGGCCUGCCCGAUUCACGUGAUCCGUUGUCCCAUCCUCAAGUCAUCAUGAUGACUCAUGAUAAUGACGAUUUUUUUUUGUGAUAACAGUAUUGUGCUUUUCGUGGGGAAAGUGAGGUUUUUUUUAUACAUAUAUAAUUGAUAUCUUUUAUUUAUUGGUUGUUAACUGUUGCUGCUGCCUCGUGUGUCCAAAGCUCCCAGGGAUGCGGGGCCCACCGUUUACACGUGCACGCCCUCUCCCACCUGCGCUUUGGAGGAUGGUGGCCUGCAGCGGCCAAGAAGCCAAAAAACUUCUUUUUCUUUUUCUUAUUUUUUUUUUCAGAUACCGCGCUCGAUGUUUGGAGAGGGGAAGGGUGGGUUUCUUAAAUGGCUAGUGCACUGUUCCCCUAGCCCCGAAUGGCUCCUUCUUGAACCCCUUCUCUCUGCCUCCUGUCCACCCUCCCCAUCCCGUUCCUCUUCUGGGUCCACAGCAUCUUUUCCGAGGACCACCGGAGGACAGCUUAUGGCUUCUCCCCUCUUGCUUUGGCGUUUGCAGCAGCAUGGAGAUGGGGGACGGGGCGCGGAAGGAAGGGAGGGGGAACGGCGCUCUUUGCAAGCCAGUGAGCCGAGGAAAGAUCAUUCUCCCUCCUUGGUGGGUUUUGAAGAGAGUCACUCAAAUCUCUCCCACCAGCUUUUCUGCCCAUCUGUCUGCCUGGUCCAGUAGAUCACAUAGCUCCCCCCUUCCCCUUCCUCUCUCAGCUCAAAUGCUGGGGCGGGGGGGGGGGCGGGGGGGGCGGGCAAGAGAGAAGAGCUGCAGGCAGUCCCCUUCUGUAGCGGCCACUCCCUGGGGGGUGGCCCAUAUGCACUUAUAUAGGAAGCUUCUAACUCUGCCACUGCGGCCGCGUGGCCCCAGAACUGCUACCAGCAAGGUCAGAUGACCUUGGGCCAGCGGCCGGUAGCCUGCAGCUGGCCGGCCGUUGCUCUGUGGUUGCGGGCAGCCCCUUGCCCUCUCUGGGUCCCGGCUGGCCCGGCUGCAGAACCAGGAGGCUUGGGCCGGUUGAUCUGGAAGGCCCUUUUCCAUGCUGACACUGUCUGAUUGUAAGCCCGGUUUUCCUGCGUUUGCGAUUCUGCGACACGGGCACGGUCCGAGUCACUCUUCUGUCUCCUGGCACGUAUCUUCGGGGACAUGGCAGCCACUGGUGGUUGUGUGUGGGAUCAGAUGACCGACCUUGUUCUCUCUGCAGUUCUUCCUGGUCCCUCCUGGACUCUCGAGCUGUCUUUUUUGGCCCAGAACUCGUUCUCUUCCAGGGAAGCCUCCUGGGGUGCGAGGCAGCCUCCCAGACUAUUCAGGGCCGGGCUUGAGUCUCCAAUUCCCGCUUCUUUGCAAAGUCAGCAGCGUGCCACCUCCCCUGCUUACCCCAGCCCCGGGAGAGGAAAAGCUGGCCCUCGGGUCUCACUUUGAAUUUCCCUUGGUUCUUCUCACUUUGCACUUUCCCAGGAGGCCAGAGUGUCUGCUUAUUGACCCUCAGCCAGCAGACCCUCGCUCUGCCAGUGCGGGGCUCUGUCCGUCCGGACGGCUCACCUCACCCCAGGCUCCUUUCUUGCUCAGCGGAGCCUAGGGCUGUGCUCCGCGUCCGCUGGAAGCCCCCAGGUCCCACGGGUCCAGGGAGCACUUUAGUUCUCACAGGUGACUUUACAGGCUGGGCUCCUGGAGAUGAACUUGGCCUGCGGUCAGGGGCGGGGUAGGCGGGGCUUCCCCAAGUUGCAUUC